AUGACCUUGAACCCUUCCUCCUCUGCAGACCCCAGUAUGUACCUGGCCAACAGCUCCCCGGGGAUGAGGACCACCAUCCUGGGCUUGGGCCUUGUGCUGGACAACGACUUGACUACCAGGGACCUCACCAACCUGACCAGGUUAGAGGUUAGAGGGGUUAGGGUUAGAAACCGAAUCCUAGAGCUGACUCUGAACCUCUCCGUGGGGGUCUAUGUCUCAGAAAGGUUGGGAUAAAGGGAAAAUACACAUUUCAUUGUUUCUGUGACAAUUAACAAAGUAAUCAUCUUCUUCUUCUUCGACCAGCCCGUCCAACGCCUCCCUCCUUGACCCCAUGGUGACCUAUGACCCUCUAGGAGGUCACACGGUCUGGCAGGUCAUCCUGAUCGUGUUCUUCACCGGGUCUCUGUCUCUGGUCACCGUCGUAGGAAACAUCCUGGUGCUCAUCUCCUUCAAGGUACAUUGUAGGCCUAGAUGAAUGUUACAUUGUAUUAUGACUGCCUGUAAUUGUUUAUAGUGUAAAUAGGCUUGUCCGAGCCAGAACGGCCCACAGGGCAGGAGCAUAUCUCCUGUUUAUGUAGCGUGAGGUAGCUUGAUGGCAUGUGUAUCACAGGCCGUAAUUAUUGCAGCGUGCACGUGCCUCAAAACUCUUACUGAAUGGUCCACAACAUUGUUUUUUAACAGCUUUUAACAUCAUAUGUCUUGUUAAUUGAUGUCAUAUUGUGGAGUGACACUUUAAUAAUAAUUGUUUCUCUUCUCUCUUCCAGGUGAACAAGCAGCUGAAGACGGUGAAUAACUACUAUCUCCUCAGCCUGGCCUUCGCUGACCUCAUCAUCGGUAUUUUUAUUGUACUUAGUGUUUUCAUACGUGUAUAGAUGGUGUAAUGUAUCAUAGCUGAUAUUAAUGAUAUAUAUUGUACUAUGAUUGCCUACAGUGUCUCAAAAAUGUGUAAUAUGUAUUGUCAAUUACUGUAACAUUGGAUUGAAACUAAAAUACUAUGUUCCCAACUCUACCUCCAGGAACUCUUUCCAUGAACCUCUACACCACUUACAUCAUCAUGGACCAGUGGGCUUUAGGGAACUGGGCGUGCGACCUGUGGUUGGCUAUCGACUACGUGGCGAGCAACGCCUCCGUCAUGAACCUGCUGGUCAUCAGCUUCGACCGCUACUUCUCCAUAACGCGACCUCUGACUUACCGGGCCAAGAGGACCACCAAGAGAGCUCUGACUAUGAUCAGCAUGGCCUGGUCCGUGUCCUUCGUCCUGUGGGCCCCGGCCAUACUCUUCUGGCAGUACAUCGUAGGGGAGCGCACUGUGCCUCCUGGAGAAUGCUACAUCCAGUUUCUCUCAGAGCCUAUUAUCACCUUCUGCACGGCCAUCGCUGCCUUCUACCUGCCGGUCACCAUCAUGACGGUUCUCUACUGGAGGAUCUACAGAGAGACAGAGAACAGGCAGAAGGACCUGGCGGGGCUGAGGGGGUCGGGGGCAGGGAACAAGGCAGGCCAUGGGGGCAGCCAGAAGGAGGAGGAGGAGAAGAAGGAGGAGGCCCAGGAAGAGGAGGCUCCCAUGGUGCCCAAGACGGGAAGCUCCAGGAGCUGCAGCAGUUACGAGCUUAACCAGGCCGGUCAGAAAGGCUCUGGAGCCAAGAAGACCAGAGGGCGCUUCCGGUUCUGGCCACUGAGUAGGUGGUCCAAGAAGAAGGCGACCACAGUGGGCGGAAAGCCGGAACACAGCAGCUCCGAUAGCUGGAACAACAACGAGGGGGGCGGGGCCUCCAUGGACCAAUCAGACUCUGAGGACGAGGAGGGGGCGACGGAGUCAAGCCGAGCUAUCUAUUCCAUCGUGGUCAACCUGCCGGGGAUAAACCCCGCCCCUGGCAACGACCCUAACAAUGACCCCCAGCUGACCUCUCCUGAGGACCAGGAUGCUACGGAGGAGGACCCUCCCCGGCCACCAGGGGGCGAUAAUAAGGACAAGAAGACGUCCUCCAAAACCAGGAGGGAGAAGGGGGAGAGAGACAAGGAAGACAACAGCUACCAACGCUCCAAGACCCCCGUCACCUCCUCAUCCUCCAUCCAGAGCCAACCAGGGGACAUGUCCUCCACCUCUAAGUCCCCCUCCUCAGCCCCUUCAGCCCCCAUCUCCCUGAAGGACGCAGCCAUGGCCAAGCGCUUGGCCUCCAAAGCCAAGAGCCAGAUCAGCAAGCGUAAGAAGCAGAGUGUAGUCAAGGAGAAGAAAGAGAAGAAGGCUGCCCAGACCCUCAGUGCCAUCUUGUUGGCUUUCAUCAUCACCUGGACUCCCUAUAACAUUAUGGUGUUGGUCAACACCUUCUGUACUGACUGUAUCCCCGAGGCGCUGUGGUCUCUGGGCUACUGGCUGUGCUACGUCAACAGCACCAUCAACCCCAUGUGUUACGCCAUGUGCAACCUGACCUUCAGGAAUACCUUCAAGAUGAUUCUGCUCUGCCGCUGGCAGGACAUCAACAAACACAACAAGCCCCAGUUCCAGCAGAGGCAGACGGUCGCCUUCCGCAAGAAGGAGCCCUAG